CUUUCCAUCCAAAACGUAUGCCAACUCCUUUUCUUUUUUUAUCUAAUUCUGAAUCACCUCUGAAGGCUCAGACCUAGAGUUCUAACUUUGAAACUACCCAAAGAAUCUUUAAAUCAUGCAACCAACCAAUGCUACAGAAUUUCACUACGCAUUUCCUCCCCAUCUAAAUCCUUAUAUGUCUCAGUUUGGCUUGAACCAGAACGAUUCUCCCACAUUUAUAUCUGGCAGAUUCUCUAAUAAUUUUUAUCAUCUUCAAAACACUCCUCAGAUUCAAGGAUUCAACACACAGCCAACCUCUUUCAGCAGUAACUCUACCUCAGACGAGGCAGAUGACCAACAACUAAGCAUCAUUAAUGAGAGGAAACAAAGGAGAAUGAUAUCCAACAGAGAAUCUGCCCGACGAUCACGUAUGAGAAAGCAGAAGCACUUGGAUGAGCUGUGGUCACAGGUAGUUUCGCUUCGGAAUGAGAACCACCAACUCAUUGACCAACUGAACCAUGCUUCUGAGUACAAUGAUAAGGUGGUUGAAGAGAAUGCUCAACUCAAAGAAGAAGCUUCAGAACUUCGCCAGAUGCUGAUAGACAUGAAGCUCAACAGCCCUUGUCCAAGUUUUGGGGAUCUGGAUGAUUUUCCUGGUGACACGACUUACCUUGGAACUGAAUACUCCGACUAA